CCGGAUAAAAACCCUAAUUCCCCUUUCACCCACUCCACUAAAUUUGCCAAUCUGCUUAUCAACUCGGACCAACCAGAAUGAAGAGUCCAAGAUUGUUUUAAGAGUUGGUGGGCAGUUGUGAAUUAUUAUUUACCAUUGUGAUUUUUUAAUUGCAAAUGGUAUGUGGAAGAUAUGCAGAAUUUAAUGAUGCAUUUUUAGAUGAAGUUGAUGAAACAAAAUGCCCAUUUUGAUUUUGUAUCUUCAAGAUGAUAUACGAGUGGUAAUGGAAAAAUGUGGGGUGGUGUUAUUUUGAUGGGUUUGUGAGGUUUUAACUAAUUGAAUGGUUUUGAAUUGAAACUUCGUUGGUAAGAUUACCCGGUAUAGGAUAAUGGAGACCCCGGGUUCUAAUGGUUCUCUUUUGAAACGAUCUUUGCGAAAGAAAGCGGGUUUGCGGAAUUAUGAUGAGAAUUUGAUGGAUGAGCUCUUUGAGAAGCAUCUGGGUGGUACUUUGAAGAAAAGGAAGAGAACCAAGUUGGACUUGGAGAAAGAAACUGAAACUGAAGCUAUGAUAGCUCUAUCUCUUGGUUUCCCGAUCGAUGCGCUACUGGAGGAGGAAAUUCAAGCUGGGGUGGUGAGGGAAUUGGGUGGGAAAGAGCAGAAUGACUAUAUAGUUGUGAGGAAUCAUAUACUAGCAAUGUGGAGGGAUAAUGUUCGAAUAUGGUUAUCGAAGGGACAGAUUAAGGAAACCGUGAGUAACGAGUAUGAACAUUUGAUAUCUUCAGCCUAUGAUUUUCUUUUGUACAAUGGGUACAUAAAUUUCGGGGUUUCACCAUCAUUUAUGUCUCACAUGCCAGGGGAGACAAAUGAAGGGUCUGUCCUUAUCGUUGGAGCAGGACUUGCUGGGCUGGCAGCAGCAAGGCAACUCUUGUCAUUUGGUUUCAAGGUGAUUAUUUUGGAAGGUAGGAAUCGACCCGGCGGACGAGUUUAUACUCAGAAGAUGGGUCGGGAGGGUAAAUUUGUCGCCGUGGAUCUUGGUGGCAGUGUUAUCACUGGCAUCCAUGCUAACCCUCUUGGGGUUCUGGCUAGGCAGCUCUCAAUUCCACUUCAUAAGGUAAGAGAUAAUUGCCCCUUGUACAAGCCAGAUGGGGCGCCUGUUGAUAAGGAGAUUGAUUCUAAUGUUGAAAUCAUCUUUAAUAAGUUGCUUGACAAGGUCAUGGAGCUCAGACAAAUCAUGGGUGGAUUUGCAUAUGAUAUUUCUCUGGGUUCGGUUUUGGAGAGACUCCGGAAGUUGUAUGGCACUGCUAGAAGUAAGGAGGAGAGGCAACUUCUUGAUUGGCACCUUGCAAAUCUGGAAUAUGCAAAUGCUGGAUGUCUUUCAGAGCUUUCUGCUGCCUACUGGGAUCAGGAUGACCCUUACGAAAUGGGUGGGGACCACUGUUUUCUUGCUGGAGGUAAUUGGAGAUUGAUAAAAGCUUUGUGUGAAGGGCUUCCCAUAUUCUAUGGGAAAACUGUGAAUACUAUUCGGUAUGGGAACCAAGGCAUUGAGGUUAUUGCCGGCGGCCAAGUAUUUCAUGCUGAUAUGGUCUUAUGUACUGUGCCUCUUGGAGUUCUGAAGAGAGGGGCUAUCAAAUUCGAACCUGAGUUGCCCCAAAGGAAGCUUGCAGCGAUUGAGAGGUUGGGAUUUGGACUGCUAAAUAAAGUUGUUAUGGUUUUUCCUCACGUUUUCUGGGGUGAAGAUCUAGACACAUUUGGAUGUUUGAAUGAACAAAGCCACAAGCGUGGAGAGUUCUUCUUGUUCUACAGUUACCAUACCGUUUCUGGAGGGCCUGCUCUUAUUGCACUCGUGGCUGGAGAAGCUGCACAAACUUUUGAAAACACAGAUCCAUCUAUUUUGCUCCACCGUGUUUUAGGCGUCCUCCGAGGUAUAUAUGGUCCUAAAGGUGUUGAUGUGCCUAAUCCAAUACAAUCAAUAUGUACAAGGUGGGGAAGCGAUCCGCUUUCCUAUGGUUCUUACUCACAUGUCAGAGUACGGUCAUCGGGCUCUGAUUACGAUUUACUUGCAGAAAGUGUGGGAAAUAGGCUGUUUUUUGCCGGUGAGGCCACAACUAGGCAAUAUCCAGCCACCAUGCAUGGGGCCUUCUUAAGUGGUUUGAGAGAAGCUUCACGCAUAUACCGAACCACGAGGGUUCUUCAAAACAAUCCAAGGAAAUUUGCACAAAGGAAUGUUGGACCAAGCAAUGAUAUGCUGGCAGAUCUCUUCAAAAGGCCUGAUCUAGCAUUUGGAAGCUUCUCGUUUGUGUUUGAUCCUUUCGUUGAAGACCCAAGAUCAAUGGGGUUUGUAAGAAUUACUUUUGACAGUAACAAGGACAAUCGCCGAGAGGAGUUGCCUAACAACUUCCGAGAUUCUGUAGACUCACCAAUACCAUUGCAGCUUUACACGGUAAUAUCUAGUGAACAGGCACGAGAGCUAGAGCAUGUCACGGGAGGAGAUGAAAAUAGAUUGUCGUACUUGGUCAAGAAUCUUGGCUUGAAAUUGAUGGGACCAAAUGCGUUAGGAAUUACGAGCAAUUCUUUAAUUACGAGUAUCGCUAGUGCGAGAAGAGGUCGGGGCAGGUACCGCAUGUUGGCUUGGCAGCCAUAAGUUUGCGUGGAGUCAAUGUUGGCCUUUCGGGUUUGAAGCAUGCGCUCUUUGGUCCAAACUUUUUGUAUAUAAUCCAGCCAGGUAGGUUAUUCAUUCACUUCAAGAGAAAUCAAAUUUCUUGGAGCUUGGACUGGGAAAAAACCAGUUUGUUAUUACAGAAAACCUUAUCUGACAGUGACCAACUUGGUGACUAACUAGUGAACUCUCAGCCCAAUCAUUUGGCUGUGAAAUUUUUUAUAGUUCAAAGACCUUGUACUAGCAUCCUACUUUAGGUGGGAAAGGAAUGAAAUUACUUCCGUAAGAAUCUUAACUAGUGAGCUCUCAGCCCACACUGUAUUAGCCAGCCAUUUAUAUUCUGCUAAUCCAUUUUCUAUAUGUAUGAGAUCUGUUGUACCAUUUUCUUUUGGUUGGUUGUACUAAUUUUUUACUAAAAAAUAUGAC